CUGUCCAGUUGUCGAGCAGCUCCUUGCCCGAGCUGCCUUGGUAAACUUCAGAGCAGCUCCCAGCAGCGUCAGCCGCAGUCCAACACGGCUGCUUCUUCCCACUCACAGUCGCUCGGGUGAUGAUUAAGAAGAUGUCGCCUUGUGAGACCGAGCUGAACGUCCCUACCAAAAACUGUUACCGGAUGGUCAUCCUCGGCUCCUCCAAAGUGGGCAAAAGCGCCAUCGUAUCUCGAUUCCUCAACAGCAAGUUCGACGAUCAGUAUACGCCGACCAUCGAGGAUUUCCACCGCAAGUUUUACAGCAUCCGAGGCGACAUCUAUCAGCUGGAUAUCCUGGACACCUCGGGAAACCACCCCUUCCCGGCAAUGAGGCGCCUCUCCAUCCUGACAGGGGAUGUGUUCAUCUUGGUUUUCAGUCUAGACAACCGCGACUCCUUCGAGGAGGUGCAGCGACUGAAGCAGCAGAUCGUGGAGACCAAGUCGUGUCUGAAGAACAAAACCAAAGAAAACAUUGAAGUGCCCAUUGUGAUUUGCGGCAACAAAAGCGACCGGGACUUUUACAGAGAAGUGCCGAGAGAGAAGAUCGAGCAGCUGAUAGACGGCGACACGAAGUGCGCUUACUUCGAAAUCUCGGCCAAGAGGAACACAAAGGUGGACGAGAUGUUCCAGACCCUGUUCACCAUGGCCAAGUUGCCCAGCGAAAUGAGUCCAGAUCUCCACAGGAAGGUGUCAGUGCAGUACUGUGACAUCCUGCACCGCAAGACCUUUCGCAGCCGUAAAAUUAAAGACGAGGAUGCGUACGGUAUCGUGGCGCCGUUCGCCCGAAGACCGAGUGUGCACAGCGAUCUGAUGUACAUCAAGGAGAAGGCGAUCGGCGGCGCCCACGCCAGGGACAAGGAGCGCUGUGUGAUCAGUUAAACCCGCUUCGGAGCCCUGAAAGGGACGCAAUUUACUAGAUCCGAAGGAUGUGUUUGGCCCGUUAUCCACGGUGUAUAGCUGUAAACGAAACGGUGUCGGAAGGUUUUCAGAGACAGGAGUGGUGCUUGGCUUACUGCUACCGAGAGCAGUGCUCGCUUAACACCGCAGUCGAGCGCUGGCGGAGCCUACUCUGCCGCCUUUCCCAGCGUCAGGUGUGAGCGAAGGGACUACGAGAAAAAUGAACACUAAAUGACACUCACGGGGCAGAGGAGAGGGUAUUUUUUUUUAUCAAAUCUCAUUCCCCCUCCCCCGAAGAAUAUUCAUUGUGUCGUAUUGACUGUGAAGUUUUCGUACUUGAGUUUUUUAAUUUAUUUAAAACGAUUGUAGUAUUGAUUUGUACAAACUCCUUGCAGUACAAUGCGUAACAGAAUGUUUACAAUCGGCAACAGUUCGUUGCAUAAUGGCACUAAUGUUGUACUUGCAAAAAUGAACAAAGUCU